AGUGAGUGAGCCUUUUGCUGCUUCAAAGGGUAUUUCAAGUUGCCGGAGCUCCUCCCCUCCGCACCGUGUGACAACAACAACUCGUCCAGCGAGCGAGCGAGCGGCGGCGGCAGCCAGCACUUCCCAGCUCAUUUUCUCUCUGUCAUUCCCCUCUCAAUCUUUGAUCAAUGUACUUGCCAGAGAGAACCGAAGUCCUUCAAACCUCCUCCUUUUCACCUUCGUCUUUAACGUGGUGCUAGAGCAAGGACCACAAAAAGAAAACUGCCCUCCCCCCUCCCCUCGGCCCCAGCCCCGCCGCCCGGAGCGGACUUCUCCUCCUCCUCCUCCUCCUCCGUCCCCACUUGCGGGACACUUUGUGCGUUUCUCUCUCUCACUCUGCCCCCUGCUCUCUCGCUCGCCGCAGCACCUGAUCCGGGGUUAUCCCCCCCCUUCUUCUCCCCCCUCCUCCCUUCUUUCCUUUUUUUUUUUUUUAAAAAAAAAAAUAUUUUUUUUUAAUUUUCCCCUUUCCCCUGCGUGUGUGUGUGGGAACUUUCCCCCCUCCCCCUGCCCCCUCCGCCGUAUAUGUGACCAUGGCCGUACCGGCUGCUUUGAUCCCUCCGACCCAGCUGGUCCCCCCUCAGCCUCCGGUCUCAACUUCUGCCGCCUGCACCACCACCACCACCACCUCCUCGUCGGCCACCUCCUCUCCGUCUCCUUCCAUCGCUCCCCCGCCGGCCGCUUCGGGGACAAACCUAUUCCGGCCGGAGCCCAACGCAGCAGCGGCGGCGGCGGCGGCGGCGGCCACAGUCACCUCCACCACCAGCGGCGGCGGCGGUAACGGCAGCAGCGGCGGCGGCGGCGGCAGCCCCAGCCUGGGCACCGGCGGCGGCGGCGGCGGCGGCGGCGGCAGCAGCAGCGGCGGCGGCGGCAGCGGCGGCACCUCCACUCCCAAUGCCAGCGCGGCCAGUGCGGCCAGCAGCCUGCCCGGCAAGCCCGUCUACUCGACCCCGUCCCCGGUGGAGAACACCCCCCAGAAUAACGAGUGCAAGAUGGUGGAUCUGAGGGGGGCCAAAGUGGCCUCCUUCACCGUGGAGGGCUGCGAGCUCAUCUGCCUGCCCCAGGCUUUCGACCUCUUCCUGAAGCACUUGGUGGGGGGCUUGCACACGGUCUACACCAAGCUGAAGCGGCUGGAGAUCACGCCCGUGGUCUGCAACGUGGAGCAGGUCCGCAUCCUGAGGGGGCUGGGGGCCAUCCAGCCCGGGGUCAACCGCUGCAAACUCAUCUCCAGGAAGGAUUUCGAGACCCUCUACAACGACUGCACCAACGCCAGUUCUAGACCUGGAAGGCCUCCUAAGAGGACUCAAAGUGUCACCUCCCCAGAGAAUUCUCAUAUCAUGCCACAUUCUGUCCCAGGCCUAAUGUCUCCUGGAAUCAUCCCGCCAACAGGCCUGACAGCAGCAGCUGCAGCAGCAGCAGCUGCCACCAAUGCCGCCAUAGCGGAAGCAAUGAAAGUGAAAAAAAUUAAAUUGGAAGCUAUGUCCAACUAUCAUGCAAAUAAUAACCAGCAUGGAGCAGACUCUGAAAAUGGAGAUCUGAAUUCAAGUGUCGGCAGCACUGAUGGUUCUUGGGAUAAAGAAAAACUUCAGUCUCCCCCCACCCAAGGAUCACAGGCCUCUGUUAACCACCCCAACUUGCCUGGACAGCAUAAUGUUCCAGUUAGCCGUCCUCUCAACCCUCUUCAACAGAACCACCUUCUGCCAAAUGGAUUGGAACUUCCUUUUAUGAUGAUGCCCCACCCGUUAAUUCCUGUGAGCCUACCUCCAGCAUCUGUCACGAUGGCAAUGAGCCAGAUGAAUCACCUUAGUACCAUCGCCAACAUGGCAGCAGCAGCACAAGUGCAGAGUCCUCCAUCCAGAGUUGAGACAUCUGUUAUUAAGGAACGUGUUCCAGACAGCCCUUCUCCUGCUCCUUCUCUUGAAGAGGGCCGAAGACCUGGCAGCCAUCCAUCCUCUCAUCGAAGCAGCAGUGUGUCCAGCUCCCCUGCACGGACCGAGAGCUCUUCAGACAGAAUCCCAGCUGUCCAUCAGAACGGGCUAUCUAUGAACCAAAUGCUGAUGGGUUUGUCACCUAAUGUCCUGCCUGGACCUAAGGAGGGUGAUCUGGCUGGUCACGACGUGGGACAUGAGACAAAAAGAAUACACAUUGAAAAAGAUGAGACCCCGCUCUCCACACCAACCGCAAGAGACAGCCUUGACAAACUUUCUCUAACUGGGCAUGGGCAACCACUACCUCCGGGUUUUCCAUCUCCUUUUCUAUUCCCUGAUGGAUUGUCCUCCAUAGAGACCCUUCUGACUAACAUCCAGGGUCUACUAAAGGUUGCUAUAGACAAUGCCAGAGCUCAAGAGAAACAGGUCCAACUGGAAAAGACAGAGCUGAAGAUGGAGCUCUUCAGGGAACGAGAACUGAGGGAAACACUUGAAAAACAGUUGGCUGUGGAGCAGAAGAACAGAGCAAUAAUUCAGAAAAGGCUAAAGAAGGAAAAGAAGGCAAAGAGGAAAUUGCAGGAAGCACUUGAAUUUGAGACUAAACGACGGGAGCAAGCAGAACAGACACUGAAACAGGCAGCUUCAACAGAUAGUCUCAGGGUCCUAAAUGACUCUCUGACCCCAGAGAUAGAAGCUGACCGCAGCGGGGGCAGAACAGAUGCUGAAAGGACAAUACAAGGUUCACUAGAUGCCUAUGCCUAGCUCCCAAUCCGGUUUCCCAAGACCCCCUCAUCCCACACAAAAAGAUGGAAGACUUUAUUUGAAAACUACUGUCAUGUAUUGAAUUUUUCCUGCUGAAGAUACCUGUGCUACAGUCAAGAACUUUGCAGUAAGACAUUGGCUUAUAAGGAGUUCUGUGGAAACAAAGCGUUUUCAAGGCAACUUCCUCAACUUCAUUUAUCAAUGUUCUUCAAAAAUGUAAAGAAUUCUGCAAGAGUGUCCUCCUUUGGUGAUCUCCUGUGGCUCGACCCGGAGACCUAGAGAAUGUUUGUAAAUGUACAGUAGCACUCUUCUUACAGUGAAAAUCUGCGUCUCUGCGCCGGACUAUUGUAUCCACAAUUACAGGCGGGUCAGGAUAAGGCUGAGUAUUCCCUUUUUCAAGGAAUGCAGACUCUGUCCUCCUCUGAUGUUUCUAUAUUUGAGCACAUCAAAUGAUCCUUCCAGUGGUGUCCAAGUACACUUACAGACUGUUAUAUCAUACCGAAACCAGCAAGACAGCUCAGAAAUGAACUUGUAGAGGGCAUAAGAGGAUUCUUAUUAAAAAAAAAAGGAAAAAAAAAAAAAAAGGUAAAAGAAAAAAAAAUUGAUACAUUCAGUUUUCAAACUAUGAUUGUGGGUUUUCUUCUAAAGACAUUUUUUCCACGUGCUUUCCAAGAGACCAACACAUGUAUGUUAGACUACAUUAAGUGAAAUGGAAUUUUGUGUAAGUGAAAAGAAAUGCUGAAUGUAAACAAACUGUUUUACUGUUCACAAAGUCUCUUUUCCUAAAAUAAAAAAAUACAAUAAAAAGAGUAAUAAUUUCUCAUUGUAAACUGGCAGGGGUUUAUGAAAUAAAUGACUUUGCUUCUUAUCAAACUGUUGGUCACAUGUACAGUAUAUAACACAGAUCACACAAGGAAGGUAUUAUGUAUGCAGUAGAAAUCUAGAGUUUAGGAAAUGAAAAUUUUAGAUAAUAUUGUUUUGUCACCCUGUUGGUCAGAAAAGACACCUUUCUAGUUUUAACGCAUGCAGGCAUGUAAAUAUUUGUCCUGGAGUCACAGUAUUACUGAAUGAGAUCUUAAGCAUCUGGUAACAAGUCAGAAUUCUGUAUCAGCCACUUUUAUUUGUAUAUUGAGCCCUGGUUAGUGCCCUGAUUAGUGCACUUUUGAGAAUGGACUGUGGCUGAGCAGCAAGUCAAAAUGCCAGAAAUAUUUUUAUAUGUUAAUGUCAUAUUACGUCAAUGUUGCUAAAAAAAAGAAAACCUAACAAACACUUGAUGUAUCAGUCCAAUUCCAUGUAGAACUGAGUGAUACAGUUGAAGUCUAUUGUCCCUCCCACCUUGUCUUAGGGAUGGGUGGUUAUGUGUUACUUUCACUGUCUAUGAAAGCUACAAUAUGUGUUUUCACCUUUGUGCUGAUAACUGGAAGUAAGCUGCAACACAGUGCUUAUUACAUUACUAAAAGUUAUGUUCUUUGCUUUGCAUACUUUUGGGUUACCCCUUUAAAGACUGAUUUUGUGAAUCAGUGCUAUUACUGUAAGUUUUGUGAUUAUGCUUUCUUCAUCUAAUGUUUUAUGCAUAUAAAAUAUUAUUUAUUACAUGGAAACAUAUCAAAACCUUAAAUGUCUAAGAAGCCUAACUUAAAGCAAGUAUUUCUUUAAAAAUAGUUCUGAUUGGAUAUUAAUAUUAUUUUGUCAAAAAGAAAAAUCUAAUGUUUUGUAAACUCUAGCACUGAGCUUCUAUAGUUUGUAGGUCUUCCUUGCAAUACUGGUACACAUUUAUUUUGUGCAGUUCACAUUUACUCCACCACGAUCCUUUUUUAACAGUAGAAAGUUGUAUAUACAAGUUCACAUCAUGGUAAUUUUUUUUAAAGAAAUAUUGAGCAAUAUUUUUCAUUAAAUAUUGUUACCUAACACUUUGUAGUGACAUUAUUUUCUAACCACGAUUCUUUCCUAAUUUUCGUAGUUGCUUGAACACAUAUGGGAUUCUGUACUCCAGUUUUUUCAUAUGCAGUCUUUAAAGGGUUAACAGCUGUAAAGUUAGCUGGACUUGUGGCAAGCUUUUGAAUCAUUCAUAUCUGAAAGAGAAUUAAAAGCCUACAACUGAAAUAUGUAGUAGCAUCUACCAUUGCUCUGCUCCUUGCAUAGAGUCACCUGUAGGUAGGUUUAGUAGUUUUACAGUAUAUACUUUCAAGACCUUUGGGAAUGCCUCAGUGUUUGGCUUGGUACAUAAAUGGAAAUGUUAAGGAUUAAGGGGGAACCAAUUUAUAAGCUGGAUGUUUAGAAAGAAUCUUGCUAAAAACAGUGUAAAUAUUACAGACCAUGAGAUGUUACUGUAAGUUGAAUUUUUUGCCCCUCUUUAGUUAUACCGGUUUUGGGUUGGUAUUUUGUUUUUGGUUUUUGAUUUGGAUUUUUUUUUUUGCAUAGAUUAUGAAGAAAAGUUGUGCUCAUGUUAUUGUUUAUAUGCUUUUGUAAUCUUAAAGAUAUUAAUGUCUAGUUGUUCUAUAUUAUAACCACAUUUGCGCUCUAUGCAAGCCCUUGGAACAGAACAUACUCAUCUUCAUGUAGGACCUAUGAAAAUUGUCUAUUUUUAUCUAUAUAUUUAAAGUUUUCUAAAAAUGAAAAAAGGUUAUUACGAAUUUUGUUGUACAAAAUCUGUACAAAAAUCUGUUUUUACAUCAUAAUGCAAGAAUUGGAAAUUUUUCUAUGGUAGCCUAGUUAUUUGAGCCUGGUUUCAAUGUGAGAACCACGUUUACUGUUAUUGUAUUUAAUUUUCUUUUCUUUUCAACAAUCUGCUAAUAAAACUGUCUGAAAUCUC